CAGGAUAACCAACAACAUACCAAAGGUGGAGUAAGCAGUCGAAUGAAAGUGAAGAGAAAACUGCCUAUGAUAGUUGCUGAACACUCGAAAUAUCCAACAACAGGUUCUGAAGAUUCAGUGAGACAUGGCCUAGCUGCUGCUUCUGUAGUGAAAGUUCAGCUGGCUUUGUCUGGAAUGCCUGAAAAGGAACCUGAUCAUGAUCAGUCUUCAUCUUUGUUCAUAAAGGAAGGAGAUUCUGUAAAUACCAUGGAGCGAUCAAUAAGUGGAAGAGUAACUGAAACUGGAGUGGAAGGUGACACAGACCAAGAAGAAUGUCCAAAUUUGCCUUUUGUGAAAAGUGUUCCACUUUGGGAAAGUAUCGAGUCCAUGGAAGUAUUCAAAAGAUUUCCACAAAAGCCUCAUUUUCGUCCUCUACUGAAAACUAAGGAGGUAUUACGUGAAGGAUCCGCUUUCGGAAAGAUGCUAGCCUUUGCCUCUCUGGUAGACCAGACCACCAAGUUACAUGUUAGUGAUCCUAUAGACGUCAUUGAUAGCCACUUGGAAGCCACAGUUGAAUUGGAAAUGCACGGUUUUGAUGUCAAUGCAAUAAAGCAUCGUCUGACUAAGUUGCUAGAGCUCAAAGCUAGGCUGGAGGAGCUUCACAAUCAAUCCAAAGCAAUUGAAACCAAGAUCGCGGAGUGGAGUCAAAACACGGUCAAGGACACUGAUACUAUCAGUAAAAUUGACAAGGAGAUUGAGGACUUGGAAGAAAACAUCAAGGUCUUGAAGGAAAAACGGGCCAUGGUGGUGUCAAUGUGUUCAGCCAAAGAUUCAGAAGCAAACAAGUGGCAGUCAGAAGCAGGAGUUAUCAGUGAAGGCAUAAAGAAUAUCCAUCGUAGUUUUGAACUACUAGCUGCUGGUCCAUUAUGAUUGCAAUCAUUAGCUGCUGCAAUCAGAAGCAGAAGUUAUCAGUGAGUAUCUUUAGGUUGGAACUCUUUCUGCCACUCCUCAUUAUAUGGAGCAAGAUUGUCCAUGGAGUAGUAUGUAUAUGGAAUCCUUUUUUAUUUUGACUCAUGGAACUUGUAGUACUCUUUAAUAUUGCUAGUUCAACUCCCGGUUAUUCUCAUGUUUUGAUCGCCUUUGUGUAUGCAUAAAGAUUAUGAUUAUAGCUCAUCUUCGAGUAAAAAGAUGUUCCAAGAAGAGGACCAAAAGACGUUCC